CUGACCGACCAACGAGAUCUUGCCACGUACGAUCCAAGUCACACCAAACUUUUGCAAAUCACAAAUACAUUGAAAAUUUUGGCGGGCAAUGAAUCAAUAAAGAAAUUCAAAUAAAGAGCAAACCCUAGCAGGCCCCGUCUUUUUCCCUCUCUCCCUCACAGACUUUCUCUCACUAAAGAACAACUCUUUCUCUCUCUAGAGCCUCCUCUGUUCCUUCGUUCUCUCUUGAGAUUUUUAUGUGAUCUCCUGAAAUUUCGGGUAAAUAAAUUGAAGGUAGUUGAUGAGAUUUUGUAAUUCUGUAAGUUUUUGUUAGUUUUAUUAAUUUUUUUGGGGCAUUUUUUGUGUGUUUUAUUGAAUGAAUUUACUGGAGUUAUGUGAUUCAGGUGUCAUUUGAUGAGGACUUAAGUUAUUUCUGAGUGACUAUUGAUUGAAUGUAAAAGAGUAAUAAGUGUAAAUUAUGGGAAAAGUAUCUCCAAAAGAAAGGGAUUCGAGAACUCCCAAGCAAAAAAGGCGAUUACGGAGCUCUAGCAGUAGAUAUCUGAAGCCAGGUGCCCUUGCUCAGCUUCGAUAUAAUAAGGCUUCUACGGCUACGAAGUCAUGUACUGAUCUUGGGAAGAAACGGGUUGCUGUUCUCACGAAUAAGAAGGCUGAGGGAGAUGAUAUCAUGAUUGAGAAUAAUAGUGUUAUUGAUAAAAGCCCUUUGAUGUUAUCACCAGUUGAUUUACUUAAACACAGUUAUUUGGUUAGGACACCCAAGACGCCGAGAACUGAAGAUUGUGAAUCUGAUUCUAGGCUUGAAUCUCUUCCUAUGGAUUUACUGGUGAAAAUACUCUGUCACCUGCAUCAUGACCAACUGAGGGCAGUUUUCCAUGUAUCUCGAAGGAUUAGAAGAGCAGUUGUGCUUGCUAGGCAAUUUCAUUUCAACUACACAACACCAGAUCGCUCCCGGCAGGAGAUUUUGAGAGUGAUGACACCACGUCCCACUGAACACUGGCCAUUUGUGAGCAAGGGGGAUGGAAAGGGCGCUUUCAUGCCAAGCCCACAUACUCCUAAAGCACCAAGGCAUGGUCCACGGCCACCCUCUCGCGUCAAAGUCACUGAGAUGAAGCAAAUUGCUGCUGUUCUCUUCCAAGACUCAGCAUUUCCUUCGAGAUACAUGGUACCAUCUGCUUUGUCUAAGCCCUUAUGCAAAUCAUUGGCCUCUAACCGGGCUUUAUUCUACGAGGAUGAGUUAUGCCAAGCUGUUGCUCAGAAUAAGCUUCGCUGAUCUCUAUUCUAUUGCCUCGUGUUCCCCUUUGUGUAUAGUUUGUUUUCUAUCACUAUAGGUAGUCAUAGUCAGGAAAGGAAGUAUGCAAUUUUGUAGCUUUGCUGGGUUAAUAUUAAGGAGAUGAAAGUGGACUUUAGAUUUGCAUUAGGAGUUAGAAAAUUUUAGGUGUGGCUGUGGUAAUAAUAUAUUUGCAACUGGUUACUUGUAUAUUUCUAUAUAUGUUUGAAAGAAUGUCUUUCUUCUCAAAGAACCAGUAUUUUGUAUUAGUAGUUUCAUAAUGUUUUUAUAUGCCUUUGAUAUGUAAAAAGAAUCCAUGGACAUCAGUUUUGGGUCAUUUUUUUUAUGCACAAGCCUUGAAUCA